AUGGCAUCCAUCAGCCAGGAAGUUAUUUCAGUUAAUCCCAUGACCAAGACAGUUAAAAAGAUUCCUCCAAGUCCAUUGGGUCCACGUGGCACGUCUUUGUGGCGACGUUCGGGUUUGAAAUUAUUAUCUGACCCUUCCGGGUCUGAUCAUUUUCGAUUUUUAUUCACUGAAUUACAUGAAAAUUAUCCAAUUUUAUUCGAGUACGACUCGAAAACUAACAAGUGGCAAUCCAAGGAAGCAAGAGAAACUGUUGGGGAUUUGCCAAGUGGCAGUACAAGAGGGAGUGAUUAUAUUUUCCUCAGUGCUUUUAAUGGGCAUAGUGAGAGUGUUAUUGUUGCCGUUGGAUCUCAACAUGAUGCACCGGUGGUUGUACGGCCAAGAUUUAACAGAGGGAAUGAGGAGGGGCGAUUGGCCAUUGGAUUUAGCGGGGGAGUGCAAUCAAUUGGUUGCAUGUGUACGGUGACGGGAACAUGA